AUGGAGGACCCCACCUCAACGAGUCCCGCAUCGGCGGCACUGGAAUGCCGACUCUGCGAUGUAUCCUUUGAUACCCCCGAGGAAAAGCGGCACCACGCGAAAAGCGAAUGGCAUGUGUACAAAAUUCGCUGUCGAGUUGCGGAGCCUGGGACUGUUAUCACCCCGCCAAACAGUGCGCCUAUCAAAUCGUCAACUGGCCGCACAAAACAAGCCUGGAAGUCAACAUCAAGAUCCGAAUCACCAGUCGCCGAUGAGGAGAGUUACGAUGAAGAAUCAGAAAAUGACACAUCCUCCGACAACGAUACGGUUGAAUUUGUCGCUGAGGAAUGCCUUUUCUGCAACCAGACCAGCAAGGACUUGGACGAGAACCUGUCACACAUGCACCAAGCCCACAGCCUGGUCAUACCCUUCCAAUCCUCAUUAGUGGUGGAUCUCCAGACGUUAAUUUGGUUCCUUCACAUGGUCAUCUUCAGCUACCGGGAAUGCAUCUGCUGUGGGAAGCGCCGCCGGACGAUUGAGGCCGUGCAGCAACACAUGGCGUCAAUGGGCCACUGUCGAUUCGACGUGACGGAGGAGAUGGCUGGUUUCUACGAUAUGGAAUCGCUCGGCCAACAAAGCGCAGAGGGCCGGAACCAUCCCGACGAUCGUACGCUCAGGUUACCAUCCGGGAAGCUCCUCGGUCACCGCUCCUACGUCGAACCCACCUCAAAGAGCAGACCACGAGAAGAGAAGCCGAUUGCCGGGCUUCCCGAUGGCCCAGCUCCUCUACCGACUCCCCAGCAAACCAGCGCGGAUGCUGAACCUCAAGCACUUACCAAGAGAGAUCGGAAAGAGCAAGCGCUUACAACGCAAUUCGCUCAACUGCGCACUGGGGAUCAGAUGAGUCUCGCGCACCUGCCACAAUCCCAGCAGCGAUCGCUUCUCCUGGCACGCAAGAAGGAACUGGAUAAUGUAAAGCGUGCAGAGAGACGGAAGCGCGGCCGACUGGAUAGGGUGGGAAACAAGACGGCCAUUCAUACAAACUAUUACAAACAGGAGGUCCCGGUGUACAUGGGCGGCUAG